GAGCUGUCCGGCAUGCGAAAGAACAUCAAGGGUGAGGAGGAGGAGAGUGUGGUAUCCUUCGCGACGGCCAGCUGGGCCACCUCUGGCACAGCAGCCUCGGAUGAGAACUCGGGCCACUCGGGUUCGACAGCCUCCGAUGGCCCCGUAAAGAGGGUGAAAAGCGACAAAAGCGACAAAGGCAAAAGUGUCGAGGACGCGGGGGCCACGUCCGGGUCGCCCAAGCCAAAGAAGAAGGCCAAAGCAAAGACAAAAGCCACGACUUCAAAGAAGGACGAGCCUUCGAAGGCCAUCCUGGUCUUCGAAACGAAGAGCGGCAAGCGCACAGUGGCUCUUCC